AUGCAUUUGCUGAAGUUGAUUUGGCUCAACCCAUUACAAACAAUACGAUUCACUUACACCUUCGUUAUCCAGGCAUCCCUCGUAGUUCUCAAGCGUGUUUUGCUCCCUCACGUCCCAUCCUACCAGUCGUUCCGCCUGCAACUACAACGCGCCUAUCUCUCCUCGUGCUCCCUGACAUUUCCAAACCUCACCUGGCGCCUUCCGAUUGGCGAUUUACCUGAGCACAAGGCAAAGCGUCUGGACGUCGGAUCCAGCGUGAUGUUGUACGCCAUUCCCGGCUGGACUUGGGAGAAGCGACGCUGUGGCAUUGGCAAAAACAUAAUCGCUCUCUAUGCCCAUGGUGGUGCAUAUGCUCGGGGCGAAGCCAAAAUGUACAUAGAGUCGAUGGAGCGAUGGGAGCGAGCCGCCACUGAGCGAGGUUGGGGCCUGACAUUCGUCAGCGUCGAGUAUCCUCUUUCAAAUAUAGCACCACAUCCGGCUCAGAGGAAUGCAUUUGUCGAUGCUUACCAGUGUCUCCUCAAACAGCACAUUCCAGCUAGUAAUAUUUGUUUCAUGGGCGACUCGGCGGGCGGGGGGCUUUGCAUCUUGAGUAGCAUCGAGUGCAUAAAACUUGGUCUGCCCCAGCCUGCCGGUAGCAUCUUGAUGUCGCCAUGGCUAGACAUGUCAAUGCGUGCAUACGAAGGUGGCAAUGCACUCGUGGAGACAGACUACCUCGUCAACGCCAAUCAGACCAUUCCGAUCUUCAUUGAGCAAUGGCUAAAUGGGGUCUCGAAAACAUCGAGCGAUGUCAAUCCCCUUUAUCGUGAACCGUCAGAGCUUCUUGGGCUGAACCCGCAGCUCAUUUUGGUCGGAGCUGGCGACACCGUCCUUCCGGAAUCGAAAGACUUUGCCAGGCUUUGCCAAUCUCAAAGCAUCUUGCAUCGGCUGGUGUGUGAGUGGGGACAGUUGCAUAUAUAUGCUCUUGGUACUCAGUGGGUCGAUCCGAAGGUCAGACACAAGACUGAUGGUUACAUACUGGAUUGGAUGGAGCAAUGCCAACGGAAAGCUGCUGCGGCGACCAGCAGCAUUUAG